ACACACACACACACACACACACACACCCGCGUUCAGAAAGGCGUGCACUUCCCACGCCUGAUAACCCCGCAUCGCAACCUCGCAGCUUCCCUGGCGUGCAGCGCUCAUUUACCAAUUCCCUUCCUGGGAGCUGCAGACUCCCUCGCUCGGCCCCACUCCGUUUUACCCUUUCCCCAGCUCCCGCCUUAGCCAGGGGCUUCCCCGCCUGCAGCUAGAGUUCGGGCCAAAGCGCCUCUCCGCGCCCGCCUGCCGCUCCCCGGGCUCCACUUUCACUUUCGGUCCCGGGGCUGCUAGGCCGGCGGCGGCGGCGGUGGUGGCGGCGGCGGCGCAAGGGUGAGGGCGGCCCCAGACCCCCAGGUAGUUAGAGCAAGAAGAUGGUGUUUCCGUCCCUCAAACGGUCCCUUGGAACCAUGUUAUUUCUACUUUCCUCACUGUUGGCUCUCUUAACUGUGUCCACUCCUUCAUGGUGUCAGAUCAGUGAAGCAUCUCCAAAAGGUAGUAAUGGGAUGCCAUUUCCUUGGAAUAAAAUACGACUUCCUGAGUAUGUCAUCCCAGUUCAUUAUGAUCUCCUGAUCCAUGCAAACCUUACCACGCUGACCUUCUGGGGAACCACGGAAGUAGAAAUAACAGCUAGUCAGCCCACCAGCACCAUCAUCCUGCAUAGUCACCACCUGCAGAUAUCUAGGGCCACCCUCAGGAAAGGAGCUGGAGAGAGGCUAUCGGAAGAACCGCUUCAGGUCCUGGAACACCCUCCUCAGGAGCAAAUCGCGCUGCUGGCUCCUGAGCCCCUCCUUGUCGGGCUCCUGUACACAGUUGUCAUUCACUAUGCUGGCAAUCUUUCGGAGACUUUCCAUGGAUUUUACAAAAGCACUUACAGAACCAAGGAAGGGGAACUGAGGAUACUUGCAUCAACACAAUUUGAACCCACUGCAGCUAGAAUGGCCUUUCCCUGCUUUGAUGAACCUGCCUUCAAAGCAAGUUUCUCAAUCAAAAUUAGAAGAGAGCCAAGGCACCUAGCCAUCUCCAAUAUGCCACUGGUGAAAUCUGUGACUGUUGCUGAAGGACUCAUAGAAGACCAUUUUGAUGUCACUGUGAAGAUGAGCACCUAUCUGGUGGCCUUCAUUAUUUCAGAUUUUGAGUCUGUCAGCAAGAUAACCAAGAGUGGAGUCAAGGUUUCUGUAUACGCUGUGCCAGACAAGAUAAAUCAAGCAGAUUAUGCACUGGAUGCUGCGGUGACUCUUCUAGAUUUUUAUGAGGAUUAUUUCAACAUACCGUAUCCCCUACCCAAACAAGAUCUUGCUGCUAUUCCCGACUUUCAAUCUGGUGCUAUGGAAAACUGGGGACUAACAACAUACAGAGAAUCUGCUCUAUUGUUUGAUGCGGAAAAGUCUUCUGCAUCAAGUAAGCUUGGCAUCACAAUGAUUGUGGCCCAUGAACUGGCCCACCAGUGGUUUGGGAACCUGGUCACUAUGGAAUGGUGGAAUGAUCUUUGGCUAAAUGAGGGAUUUGCCAAAUUUAUGGAGUUUGUGUCUGUCAGUGUGACCCAUCCUGAACUGAAAGUUGAAGAUUAUUUCUUUGGCAAAUGUUUUGAUGCAAUGGAGGUAGAUGCUUUAAAUUCCUCACACCCUGUGUCUACACCUGUGGAGAAUCCUGCUCAGAUCCGGGAGAUGUUUGAUGAUGUUUCUUAUGAUAAGGGAGCUUGUAUUCUGAAUAUGCUAAGGGAGUAUCUUAGUGCUGAUGCAUUUAAAAGUGGUAUUGUACAGUAUCUCCAGAAGCAUAGCUAUAAAAAUACAAAAAACGAGGACCUGUGGCAUAGUAUGGCAAGUAUUUGCCCUACAGACGGUGUAAAAGGGAUGGAUGGCUUUUGCUCUAGAAGUCAACAUACAUCUUCAUUCUCACAUUGGCAUCAGGAAGGGCUGGAUGUGAAAACCAUGAUGAACACUUGGACACUGCAGAAGGGUUUUCCCCUGAUAACCAUCACAGUGAGGGGAAGGAAUGUACACAUGAAGCAAGAGCAUUACAUGAAGGGCUCUGAAGGCGCCCCGGACACUGGGUACCUGUGGCAUGUUCCAUUGACGUUCAUCACCAGCAAAUCAGACAUGGUCCAUCGAUUUUUGCUAAAAACAAAAACAGAUGUGCUCAUCCUCCCAGAAGAGGUGGAAUGGAUCAAAUUUAAUGUGGGCAUGAAUGGCUAUUACAUUGUGCAUUACGAGGAUGAUGGAUGGGACUCUUUGACUGGCCUUUUAAAAAGAACACACACAGCAGUCAGCAGUAACGAUCGGGCGAGUCUCAUUAACAAUGCAUUUCAGCUCGUCAGCAUUGGGAAGCUGUCCAUUGAAAAGGCCUUGGAUUUAUCCCUGUACUUGAAACAUGAAACUGAAAUUAUGCCUGUAUUUCAAGGUUUGAAUGAGCUGAUUCCUAUGUAUAAGUUAAUGGAGAAAAGAGAUAUGAAUGAAGUGGAAACUCAAUUCAAGGCCUUCCUCAUCAGGCUACUAAGGGACCUCAUUGAUAAGCAGACGUGGACAGACGAAGGCUCGGUCUCAGAGCGAAUGCUGCGGAGUCAGCUACUCCUCCUCGCCUGUGUGCGCAAGUAUCAGCCAUGCGUACAGAGGGCAGAAGGCUAUUUCAGGAAGUGGAAGGAAUCCAAUGGAAACUUGAGCCUGCCUAUCGAUGUGACCUUGGCAGUGUUUGCUGUGGGGGCCCAGAGCACAGAAGGCUGGGAUUUUCUUUAUAGUAAAUAUCAGUCUUCUUUGUCCAGUACUGAGAAAGAACAAAUUGAAUUUGCCCUCUGCACAACCCAAAAUAAGGAAAAGCUUCAAUGGCUACUAGAUGAAAGCUUUAAGGGAGAUAAAAUAAAAACUCAGGAGUUUCCAGGAAUUCUUGUACUCAUCGGCAGGAACCCAGUAGGAUACCCACUGGCCUGGAAAUUUCUGAGGAAAAACUGGAACAAACUUGUACAGAAGUUUGAACUUGGCUCACAUUCCAUAGCCCACAUGGUAAUGGGUACAACAAAUCAAUUCUCCACAAGAACAUGGCUUGAAGAGGUUAUGUGGCUAUAACAGUGAACAGACAGACAAAACCUUUGCUGUCAUGGAGCUGAAAUUUCUGCUGUGGGAAUCAGACAAUUACAGACAAAUCAACUGAUGUCAAGUAGUUACAUGCUCUGAAGAUGAAUAAGGCAAGGAGAGGGAUUGGGGUAGAGGGUUGGUGCCGUUUUAUAGAAUGAUUAGGAGACAUUUGAGAAGAUAUUGAAGGAAAUGCUGAUAUCUAGAGGAGUAUUGUGUGCAGAGGAAACAUCAUGUGCAAAGACCCUGAAGCAGGGCAUGAAAAUUAAAGAGCCCGAGAUGUUAUCAUAAUGGAGAGCAAACUAUGGACAUAUAAAAUAUAGGAGUCAUCCUGAGUCCUUCCUUCCCCACACAUCUAAUUACGCAAGUCCUGCUGGUCCUCUCUCAGCACACGCACUGGAUCUUGUGCACGUCUCUCUGCUCUUACCCCCAUCCAGUCCUUUCUCAUCUCUUGCCUUGCCUAUUGCAAUAGUGUCCUAACUGGCCUCCCCCUUGCCACUUUGCCAAUAGCAAAACAUUUUUCACAUUUAAGACUGCAAGUCAGCACAUAACUGACCCUGGCUUCUUGAACCCUGCCUAUUGUUCUUGCAGUAAAUUCCAAAUCCCUCCUUCCCAUGUGUCCACGACCUUGAUGACCUGGCUUCUGAGGACCUCUCUGGUGCCAAUUCCCACAGGCUCUCCUGGUUUACUCUCUCACAACACUGCAGCCACUCAGUCUCCUUCUGUUCCUGGGCUACCCUUGGUUCUCCUGUCUUUAAGCCUCUGCACUUUUUCUUCUCUCUGCCUGGCUUUCACUAGAAAGUUUUCACCAACUUUUCACUAGAAAGGGGCAUUUUAUCUUUGAGAGGUCUCGGCUCAAAUCACCUUCCCCAAAACCAUGCAGUUCAAUGCAGGCCACAUCUCCCCAGUUACUAGCAUACCCCUGGCAUAUUUUCUUCAUAGCAGUUUAUUUACAGUAAUCAUAUUUACUGCAUGUAUCCCCCAAAAGACUGUAAGCUCCAUGAGGGGAGGAUGCUUGCCUGAUUCACUGCUGCAUCCUCAGUGUCUAGCACGGUAAUUACAGCAGACGGAUGAAUAAACAUCAGAGUAAAUAUUGGUGAACAAAUGGAUGAGGUUAAGUCCCUGGUACAUGCUGGGUUUGGGGUUUUGCACUUUACCUGCAUUAUAUAACUACAUCCUUCACCACUGCUCUUAAUUUUACAGAUGAGGAGACUGGGUUCCAUGGAAGUUAAAUCAUUUGCUCAAAUCAAGUUAGUAGGAUAAACCUGUUUUCCUAUCCCUGUAUUGUGCUACUUAUUGCACAGAAAUUGUUCUUAAAGAGCCAAGUCUGAAUCAAAUAUUCAGUUGAGAUGUUGCAUUUCCAAGACAGGUGAAGACAGAAGAGAUGAUUUUUGGGUCAGGACAAGGGUAAGAGUAAUGGUUAGCAGCUGGCUUCGCUGUUGUAGAAGGUCUGUUUUUAGUGGAGCUAUCAUAAUGAGCUCCUUCAGGAUUAAUGAUUUGAGCAAUUAGUAAGAUUAUUGAUGUGCUUUGACUGUUGAAUAGUGCUCAAAGUGAUUUUUAAUUGACUGUGAAUUAAUCUUGUGUUCUGAGCGUGUAUGAAGCAGUAGGUUGAGCUACAACUUAAGGUAGACAGUGGAGAAGUAUUUUCCAGGUUGCUACAGCAGGAGGCCAUGCCUUCUGCUCAUUGAAAAGUUGUACUGUAUUGACAUAUAAAAACAACUCUGCAUCAUUUAAAAUUGAAAUCUUAUCUUUCUAAAACCCAUUCCUACUCCCCUCUUUAUUCCCAAACCAAUAAUAUGAUAUUAUGACAUGGAUUUCUAAGGAAUUGACUAUCUGGAAUCUAUGCUGAAUAAAUAAUACAUCUUGGCCUACAUUUGCUUCCUGGAUACCAAAUCAAAAAUUGAUGGAUUAAUGCUGUGAAAAUUUAUAGGAAAAGGGUAAUAACCCUUUAAGGUGAAACAGAAUUGCACAAUGGCCAAUCCUGUGGCAAAGCCAGCCUAUCUGUCAUGUGAGCUCAAGGGGUUAAGAUACCCAGAAAUGAAACAAGAACAAAGAUAUUUUUUCAGGAUAUAGACAAGAGUUUCUUAUCUCUUUAAAAUCAUGGGGAACUUUGAGACAACAAUACAUGAAUUGUAGAUUAGGUUAAAAAAAUUUGGCAAGGUUUGGGUUUUACCACCAUAACUUGCUAAGAAUCCCAUUCCCCACAGUGUUUCUAUAAUAACAUACAAGGCCAGGCCCAUGGAGGAAGACGGCACUUACAUGGUGGAAACUGUUUUGCUUGGCAAAGAAGAGAUGGCACAUUCUGCUUUUUAGAUAUCAUGUUUUUAAAAAAUGAAGUUUGCAUCUGUGAGUAUAGAACAGAAUAACACAUUAAAUAGACACAAUUAAACCUUAAUUAUAAAAUGGUAAACAGUGAAGUCUUUUAAAGUCUGGCAGCUGGGAAUAAACAAAAGAACUGCAGAGAAAAAACACAGAACUUGACAUCAUGAGGCAUGAGCUCAUUUCAUACAGCUUAUGUGUACAUAAUCCUAUUCAGACAGCUGGGACUGCCUUCUAUAUAGAAUUUUGACAAAUGCUGGAAUUUUGGCUUCAGUUUUAACUAAAGUUACAUCUGGUUAAUGUAAUAAAAUUAAUUUUUUAAAACUCACUUUUUCCU